CCGUCUAGUACUGUAUGACAGGGAGCGCGUGGACAUCCUCUGACUUGGCAGUGUUGCAGUGUACAACUUUAAAUGUGUUUAUGCAUAUGUUGUAAAAAUGUUUGCUCUCAAAAGUAGAAUAUAUUACAGCCUGGGGUUUGCAAAGUGUUGCCAAAGCAGGAAUUUUAGUGUGGGAAAAGCAACUUUGGACAGUGUCAACCUGAAGGGUCGCAGCUUUCUAACACUUAAAGACUAUAAUGCUGAAGAAAUUAAACAUAUCCUGUGGGUUUCCGCUGACCUAAAACAUCGAAUAAAGCACAGAGGAGAGCAUCUCCCAUUACUUCAAGGCAAAUCUAUUGCCAUGAUAUUUGAGAAGAGGAGCACUAGGACCCGCAUGUCCACUGAAACAGGAUUCUCUCUGUUGGGUGGUCAUCCAUGUUUCCUCACGCCUCAGGAUAUUCAUCUAGGGGUCAAUGAAUGCACCACAGACACGGCCAGGGUUCUUUCAGGUUUGGCAGACAUCGUGUUGGCUCGGGUGUAUAAUCACUCGUCUCUGGAGCACCUGGAUAAAGACACUUCUAUACCAGUAAUCAAUGGUCUCUCUGACCUUUACCACCCUAUUCAGAUUCUGGCUGACCUGCUAACACUACAGGAACACUAUGGCUCAUUAAAAGGCCGUACAUUGACUUGGAUAGGAGAUGGAAACAAUGUUCUUCACUCUUUCAUGAUGUCAUUGGCUAAACUAGGUGUCAAUCUGAAAGUGGCCACACCCAAGGGUUAUGAGCCAGAUGCUGCUGUCACUGAAGAGGCUCAGCGUCUGGCAAAGCAGUUUGGUACCAGACUGCAGUUUGUGUCAGAUCCAGUGGAGGCAGCGCGGGACAGCAGUGUUCUGGUAACUGACACCUGGGUGAGCAUGGGCCAAGAGGAGGAGAAGAAGAAGAGACUAAAAGAUUUCAGUGGCUACCAGAUCACCAUUCAGACAGGAAGCGUGGCUGCACCUGACUGGACAUUUCUGCAUUGUCUUCCACGUAAACCAGAGGAAGUGGACGAUGAAGUUUUCUACUCACAACGUUCACUUGUUUUCGAAGAGGCCGAGAACCGCAAGUGGACCAUUAUGGGUUUAAUGGUGUGCAUCCUGACAGACUAUAGGCCACAAAUUCCCACACUCAAAUUGUAAAAAAUGUGUGGGAAAAUAAAUCCUAAGAACAAAAUAAGGUAAUAAAUGCAUCUGUUUUUUGUCAAAUAAAACGAGUAACCUGCAUAUGUUUGAAUAUUCUUUGCCAAAGGGAGUUUAAUGCAUAUAUAAACAGUUGUCUAAACCCAUUACUCAUUGCAAGCAGUUUGACUACCCUUUUGGUAUGUUGGUGGUUGUUUUUGCCCCAUUGACUUCCAUUAUAUUAACAUUUUUUGAUUGCAAAGCCAUGAAACCAUAUAAUCAUGCAUUCUACCAGAAAGACCAGGAAGAUAAAUAUGAAUCACCCCUAAGUGGAUGGAAUUCAACAGCAAGGGUUAAAUUCAUGAAUUGUCAGAAUCAAUGUAUAUAAAAUGCUUUCCACAAUACUUUACUAAUAACAAUAAAUACUAAUUCAGGGCUAUAGGUGGUGCUGUGGCUUAAUGGGAAGGAUGUAUUAUCAGUAUCGAGUGUUUUGAUUUCUUUAAACUGCAGGGGGUCAGAUGGGCAUUACAAUUGCAUUUUUUACAACAAAAAUAUGUUGCAAAAUGCAUUUAGUGGAAAACAAUAAUAAAAUUCAUUACCAACCGUCAA